AUGAAGCUGUCUCUUCUCUUCAUCGCCGCCCCCGCGGCUCAGGCCAUGGUCUCUUACAUGGCAUCCGUCCCCGACAACGUAAUGGCCAUGGCAGACGCGGGUAACUGCGCGCUGCCGGACGACUUCCAGAUCCAAAACUUUGCCGCCCAAUCCACGGACGGCAAGACGGCCGACUCGCUCGACUUCACCUUCAAUGACGACAGCACCUCCCUCAACACAGAAUGUCACCUCAACGCCUCUUCCGUGCCGGUGCCGAGUAACGGCGCGACCGACAGGUUCAGCUGCGACAACGCCCUGGUGCAGUUCAUCUGGCAGAACGAGACCAUCACCAUCAUCGAGAAGGUGUGUCCCGGUGACGACGGUGUUGCCGAUUACGAGGCUUCCGGGACCGCCGAGGUCCCCCUCGAAUGUGACGGAGCCGCCGGCAACGGAACGCAGGCACGUCGCCGGAUGAGGAGGGCCGGUGCGUGCAAGUCCACCUCGGACGACAUCCGAGCGAGAUUCUUCAGCAUCCAGCCCGUACGGAGUUAA